AUGCAGAUUUAUCUUGCAGCACUACGAGCUACGAUCAAUCCGCCUCUGCAAGAUCUCGCGGAACUUGUUGUCAUUGCGUCACUUCUUCAACGUCCACAUCCGUCAUUUCUGUCUUUCGUCACAUCUCACAUCGUUACGCAACUGGCACAUGCCAGUUGUCGCAUGUGGUUCUACAUAACUAUAGGAAUCCUUUUUGGCUACACUAUCGUGCUAGUAGUAUUUUUCAUGGGCUGGUGUACGCUUGCGCCAACAUGGUGUCAUCCACGUAAAGGGAUCCCUUUCAGUGCGGUAAAAUCACCGCGAAGGAACACAAAAUACGUCGAGAUCGACUCUGUUUCCUCUAGUAUUUACAGUACAUCACUGGACAUGCCUGAGCCAUUACCGCAAAAGUGUGCUUAUGCAAAUCGAGGUUUUGAUGAGAAAAAGCACUCUCUGUAUCUUCCUGCCAUUCCUCAUAAGUAUAAUGACUACCUCCACCCGAAGUACUCCUUACCACCAGUCAAAAUUGACAUCGGAAAUGUUCAGUGGGAAUUUGAACAACUUCUUCGCACGCCCGGACGAGCUGUGCGCACCAUCGUCAGCAAAAAUCCACCGUAAUAAUGCCUAAAGCUUUAAGUUGCGAACAUGACUGACAUAUCUUGCUAUGUACGGACGCACUAUGGUACACACCUUUCUCGAAUUGCUCCUUGUAGGACCUGAUGUUUUUCUUGCUAGACAAGAGGAAAAUUUCUUGCGGGUUGCACAAACUUCCUUAAAUAGGAAGCACCUUCUGUUGAUUAGGACGUAGAGUUUGUUCGUUAUCUCCUAAGAGAGCUCGUUCAAUGAUCUCUGUCUUUGUUAUUGUUUCCGACGAACUAGCAAGCAUUCUUAAUGCUUUCCUUGCGUAG